GCAAAACACAGUGAAGGAACUAAACAUAAUGGGUCUUUUUUCUAAGAGAAUUUGCAGCUUUUUGUUUGGAGCUGUUGUUGUUGUGUCAUUGUUUGUGAGUAGUGAAGCUGAAAUCUGCCCUUAUUUAGGGUUCAUAAAGACAAGGAACUGCCAGUUUGUGCUGAAUGGGAGGCCAUUCUUGUUCAAUGGCUUUAACUCUUACUGGAUGAUGUCCGUGGGAGCUGACCCUAAGGAGAGAGGGAAGAUUUCGUCGGUGUUCUGCGACGCCGCUUCGGUCGGCCUCACCAUCGGCCGGACUUGGGCCUUCAGCGACGGCGGCAAGAAUGCCCUCCAAACCUCCCCUGGGGUUUAUGAUGAGAAAGUUUUUCAGUCUCUUGAUUUCGUGAUAUCAGAAGCAAGAAAAUAUGGCAUCCGAUUGAUUCUAUCCUUAACCAACAACUGGAAGGACUAUGGAGGCAAACACCAAUACGUCCAAUGGGCCCAAAAGACUACCUCCGCGGCUAAUAUCUCCGACGAUGAUUUCUUCACUAACAAAGUUGUCAAGGGUUUCUACAAAGAUCACGUCAAGAAAAUUCUUACGAGGAACAACACAAUUCUCGACAUUCCUUACAAGGACGACGUGACCAUCAUGGCUUGGGAACUCAUGAACGAGCCUCGCUCCACUUCAAACUCCACCAAAAUCAUCAACGAAUGGGUUCAAGAAAUGGCUACCUAUGUGAAAUCUAUAGAUAGCAACCACUUGCUGACGGUUGGAGUUGAAGGCUUCUAUGGAACUGAGGAUCGAAUGCAAUGCAACCCUAAUUGUGAACAAGUGGGAACUGAUUUCAUUGCCAAUCAUCAGAUCAAAGAGAUUGAUUUCUCCACAAUCCACGCAUAUCCUGAUGCCUGGCUACAGAAUGAUUGUUACUACAACCAAAUGUCAUUCAUGCAAGACUGGAUGGUGAACCAUUGGAUGGACUCGAUGAACUACUUGAACAAGCCGAUGGUGUUCGCUGAGUUCGGGAUGUCGACGAAGAACUGCAGCUGCGACUACGAAAAGAUCCAACUCACAAACUCCUUCCUGAGCGCCACCUACUCAUACAUCUACAACCUGGCUCAGCGCGGCGGCCCCAUGAGCGGUGGCCUCGUGUGGCAGCUCAUGGCGGAGGGCAUGGACUCCUACGACGAUGGCCACUCCAUAGUCCUCUCCAGGGACUGCUCCACCGCCAACAUCAUUGCCCAGCAGUCCUAUAGGAUGUCCUGGCUCUGCCAAUUCUCCCUCAACAAGAAGAAGCUUCGCCAUUAAUUAGAAAGCACAAUAAUUAGAAUUAGACUAAGGGAUUUUCUUUUCUUUCUCAAUUUGUUAGGUAAUAAUCUCUCAUUCUAGAGAAAUUAGUUUACUUUUGUAUUUAAGUUGAAUCCUCUAAUUAAUUAGUUAGUUUUUCAUAUGUGUAUCCAUCUCUUGCAUUUAUUAUUCUUAAUUUGAUUUCUGGUUCAUUAAA